AUGUCCGUUGACCAGGCGUCGCCACUGGUACCGAUCAAGCCUCAAGUGGCUCUGCAAAACAGCGCGUUUAUCAAGAACAGCCACAACAGAAGCAGUUUUUGUGGAGUCACACCCUCUCCGACAAACGGCAACGGAACAUUCAAAACUUUUGCUGUCAAUCGUAAGAGUUGGAGCGGGAACGGGACGCUUCCGCUACAGCAGUUUACGCCAGACGCGGAACAAACUCCCCACCUCGCCACGUUCCGAUCAGGCACCGGAACUUUCCCGAGGAACAGGGAGCGGAACAAUAACACCUCGAACGGAAUAUUAACUCCUAACGGGAAUUCUGUACAGACGUUUAAAGGAAAUGAAGUGAGAAGGAACGGAUGUUCAAACGGUCGUCGAUACGCUGAAAUCGGCAAUUGGAAUAAGAGAAAUGCGACCUUCCUCGAGCCACAUCUGCAAGGCGUGAGGCGACGCGACAGUCGCAGUUCCGACUCUGAACAUGACGAACGGUCCACGGAAGAUGACGAGCGAUCACUCAUACGCAGCUCUCCUCGCACUCGGUUGCCACCACCGCCGCCCCCGCCACCAGACGACGAGCCUCCUCCAUUGAAGGCGAGAGAGUUCUUCGAAAGACUGCAGAGCCAAGCCAUGCGCGAGGCCACUGAGAGGCGGAGACCCCGGGAUCUAAUGAAGGAGCAGCUCUUCAGGCCCGCGGAUGACGGCAGCCUCGGCGACAGUCUUAGCCAGAGUCGAGAGAGUCUCUCUUCGGAUGGUGAAGGCGCCAGGGGCGAUUGUUCUUCCGUUGACUCUUCUGGUUCAGGGUCUGAAGAACAGCCUCCUUGCGAUAUAGGAGUGUUGGAGAGGCUGAUACGAACACAUCCCGUGUGGUUUCUGCCAGGCAUACAGAGGGCCGGGGCUUUCCAUCUAUUGCAAGGGAAAGAAGAAGGGAACUUUGUAGUCCGACAAUCGAGCCAGCCGGACACAAUGGCGAUCAGCGUCCGGUUACCUGCUGACAAGGGGCCUUACAUAGAGCACUACCUGAUACAGGCUUCAGGGGGCCGUAUCGGCCUGGAGACUUCGCAUAACCGCUUCGACAAUAUACCCGAACUGAUCGCGCAUUACUGUCAGUGUUGUGAUGAACUACCGGUGCAACUUCAGUUACCGCGUGCUCUUCGCGAAGCAAAAAGUCGCCAUCAACUCAGUUCGCUGACGCUCCUAGGCCAGGAGUUCUGGGGAUACCCGAUGGCGAAUCCAAAGAAUAACCCAAACAAUCUCUUAUCACCAUGUCAACUAGCUAACGGAAUAGUACCGAUGGCUGUUACCCCCUCUGACACAGGAUCUAGUCUAAGCAGUUUUAAUGCAAGCACAGGAACGAAUUCCAGAGAGCAUGUUGUAAGUUGUGAAAGAGAUAAAAAUGUAGUAUUGAAAAUGUCACCUAUUGAACCACCUGAAUCCCCACCGAAUCAAAACCAGAAUGUUAGCACUUUUAAAGGAAGAACGCCGCCAUCACCACCUGCAAAGCCCGCCAGUGCGUUUAUAAGGGCACCUAGACCGACCCCACCAAAUACUUUAAAUCUUAUGUCUAGUACUGCUCAUAUAACCCAACCUCAUACAUUUCCCACUGCCAACACACAACAUUCACCCACCUCCAAUAAUGUAAAAAUCACGCCUCCACCGCCACCUCCGCGAUGGGCAAAACCUCCUUUUUCCAAACCUGUCUUAUCCCCGACAUCUGAAGCCCUUGCUUUCAGCCCGAUUAAUAAAGCUUCACAGAAUGGAAAUAUAACAGUCACAACAACGGUCACUUUUUGUGUGAAUAAUACCCAAAUUCAUAAUCACCAAAUCAAUGAAAGCAUACAAAGCGACCGGCUGCAACUAACGCUUGCGUCUAAUGCUAUGAACAAUAACAGUUCUUCAGACGCUGUAUUCAAUCUCUUGGAUACAAAACCUUUUGCUGAUCCUGUUGGAGAGCCACAGAAUAUGAUGCACCGAAUGUCACCAGAAGGAGAGUGUAUCAAUGCCAUAACAGCUAGUUUGCACGGGAGCUUCAAAAAGCAAAUAGCUGAACAAAAUACCACCGAACCAGGAUCGCCUAUUGAGCAGUCCCAAACUAAUACUUCUGAUUCAGUUGACCCUAUCGCGAACAGUUUGACUAAAUCAUCUAGCAACGGUUUCGCUCCAAAUCAAAUGGUUUCUCCAAAUGGAACAAAUUCUAUUACCAGUGGCAUAUUUUCACCAACAAGUCAAAUCAACUCCCCAGUGUCUAAUGAUACUAUUUCAACCAAAAGUGGUGUGUUUUCACCUAUUAGUCAAACAAAUAAAAGUGAAAUAUUUUCACCCCUUUCCAGAAGCUCUCCUAUUUCUGGAAAAAAUGUAUUUUCUCCAAAUUCAAAUCAAUCUAUUGUAUCUCCAAUGAUAAAUAAUAGAGAUAAAAUACUAUCCCCAAGUACGAACACAACAAGUACCACACCAUCUGGUAGAUCAAGAAGAAGUCGACAUUCUCAAAGAAAAGAGUCCAGACAUUAUCAGGAAUCCGAUAUUUUAGAAUCUCCGGGCGUGUAUUAUAGAAGUUCCUUGAUGGAUAAAGUAUCUGAUUAUGAAGACAUCUGGGGACCAGAAAGUAAUAAUUGCUCAACUUUUAAACCGUUAAAACAAGAUAAUAAUGAAAACAAUAAUAAUAAUGGCCUUAUGAAAAGUAAGAAGCCUGAUCUUUUACCAGACACAUUGCCCAAAAUGAACAAUGCAAAGAGUACUCAGUCAAUUUUGGAGAAAGAAAAUGUUCAUAUACUUCAUUCUACAGAGAGUUUGUGUGAAAAGAAAAAUCUCUCUGAUAGCUCAUUAAAGAAGAGUUUUAAUAGUUCACAUGAUCUUAUUGCUACAACUAACAGUAAGGGUGAUAUUGUGCCUAAAAGGCCUGAUAAAUUAAAUAUUAUGAUGAAUAUGAACAAGAAGCUCACUGAAGAGAUUGAAGCUUCCUUUAAAAGUAGAGAGAACCAUAAUAUCGAAAGCAUGGAAACGAUCAAAUUAGAAGAUGAUCGCAUUAUUUCAAAAGGUUCAAUAGAAGACGACUCAGAAAAAGAUAAUACUGGAAGUCCGUUUUAUGCAGACCCUGUAGAUGCAAUCAAAGAAGCGGGCCUACCCCAAGUUACACGUCGGAAGCUAAUAAGGGUUGGCAUGAAUCUUUCUCAAAGGUAUUCAGAGCCACCAAAUCAUAAUCACCCGUAUUAUCCUUUAAGAGAUAUGCACAGUAUAGAAGAACUAUCACCAUCAUCACCUAAUACAUCUUCGUCGGUUGACAACUUAGUGCCGCUUCGAAGCAAACCAAAAGUGAAACCAGUGCAACCUCCGCGAGUGAUCAACAAGCCACCUACAGGCAAGAAUGACCAGACUUGGACCGUUGACUCCAGUUGGGAGUUCAUAAAUAAGAACGAUGAAGGUUCUAAUAGUGAAAGUGGAACAUUCCCAUCUCUGGUGGAACAAGAAUGUAGACUCAGUGGCGUAGAUGACGGAGCUCAACAUCUCACAGUUCAUCAAGUUGUUGCUCAACGAUUUCCUGAGCUAAGACUAAAUUCUGAACCAAUAGCGUUGCCUGAAGAAGUACGAUCACCGCCAAGAGCCUCUUGUUACGAUAAUGUACAAGAUCUGCGACCUUUAUCUGAACAGGCUAGUGAUGACGGUACUGUAUUCUCAGAACCAUGGGACAGUUCACAGUGGGACGGUUUGAUACCACCACACAACGGACAACAACCUUAUGAUGCAGAAGAGCCUUGCGAAUGGGAGUCUCCACUGCCAAGGCGAGGAUCCGGAACAACACCUAGAGCUAAGAGCUUCAGAGAUCGGCUGGAUCCCUUACUAGCUGCAGGUCGAGUGAGAGCUUUAAGAGGCGGAAGGGGUGCUCGGGGGGCGGGUGCAGCGCUACGAGCAUACGCGCUGCAUCUCGCACAAGACAAAAGCACAACUUUCGCACAAAACAUAGACAAUUUCAUCGCAUGCACGCUUGACUCCAAAGAAACAUGCCCACAGAUAAUGAUGAGGAACAUGAGACAGUUCAUGUCGGGCAUGAAAAACUACCUAGUCAAACAUGGCGAAAGGGAAUUUGAGAAGGAAGUUGAAAAGGAAAGACUGAAGCUAAAACCUACGGAAUUCCUAAACAUCGACGCUAUACUUGAGGGUGUGAUGCACCGACUGGUAGUUAGACCGUUACGGAGUCGAUUGUAUACUCUUCUUGCUGGCUGGCACGCCGAUGACGUCAGAAGGCUGCACGCGGCCAUAGAGCGAGCGCAACAUGCCACACCAUUACAGCUAGGAGUUAAGGAAUCUACAAAAGUACCCUCGGCGGCAGUCCUUGCAGUGAUCUCAAAACAUUUCCUAAAGAUGCAAGAGGCAGACUCUCCGUUGGACAAACUCGAAAACCUUUUAGCAGCCAUAUCUGUUAUGUUCAAUUCUAUUCGCGGUGAACGCGCUUUAGGAGCUGAUGACCUUCUACCCGUACUGGCGUGGACAUUAGCGAGGUGCCGACUAGUCUGCGGUGAACUGGAGGCGGAACUGAUGUCGGGUCUGCUACCCGCCGCGCUGCUGGCGGGCGAGGGAGGAUACUAUCUCACCGCGCUGUUCUCUGCGGUCGCUGUACUCAAGAGGCUAGCUCCGGAACCGGGUCCGGAUAGCUCAACUCAUUGGCGGCGCGGGUCGUCGGAGUGCGGGUCGGGCGGCGGCGGGUCCGGCGGCGCGGGCGGCGGCGCGGCGGUGGUGCGCGUGGCGCUGCCGGACGAGUGCCGCGGCUCCAUCCGGCGCGUGGCGCUGCCGUGCCGGCCCGGCGCGCGCGCCCGCGACCUGUGCCGGGCGCUCGCGCACGCCGCCGCCAUCACCAAUCCGCAGGACUACGCGCUCUUUGCUCUACACGACGGACACGAAACAAUGUUGAACGAGAACGAUUGUCCCCAAGAAGUGAUGUCAGAGAAGAGUGGACAGAAUUUCAUCCUCGCGUACAAGAGAAUAGAUGCUAAGAUUGCGUGGCCUCAACAAGCAUUACUGUCUUAUCCUUAAGAUAGAUACACACAAAUGUUUCAUCUAACGCAAUAAGUAAAGGCAGCAAUCUCUUAACGUUUUUUAUACUCUUUGAAUCGGUCUUGAAUAUUGGACAAAUUCGUAAAUUGCAAAAUUAUAUCAUUUUAUAAAUGCUAUUUUUAUGACUUUCUCGUAAAUUAAAAGUUAACAAAAGAUCGACACAAUAUUUUAUUCAGAAAUAAAAAACCUUUUCACUCGAUAACCAAAUAUGUUACAGGUACAAAUUCAGGCAAAUUACAAAUAUGAAACUGUAUACAUUUUUAAAAUUUCACCGUCAAAGGAAAAGGUUGUUUUUAUACUAAAUUAGAAAUUAAGUAACAAAACGACGUACAUUGAUAUAGGAAAGUCUAUAUUUUUAUCAUCCUAACAUAAUAAAGUGAUAUUACGAUAUUACGUACACGAUCUAUUGUGCUAUCCCUUAAUACCUUGAAGCAAGCUGUAAUUGCAUUUUGGCACAAAUAUAUUUUUGCCUUGAAGUUACUUAUCUAAACUUAAAAUGACG